GAAUCAUCGGACGACGAAGAGGUCGUCUUCACAAACAGGCCAGCGCGCGGAAGUAAUAACGCAGCAAGCAACUCAGGCUCUUUUUACUCCGGACAGCAGUGGGGUGGCGCCUAUCAUGGCUACUCCACCGGUUAUGGCCAGACUUCUGCGAGUUCUAGUUUACUGGGGAACAUCAACACGAGGUACGAGCAAGCAGGUGAGCAGAGACGCGAAUACGACUACCAAAAGCUCGGAGAACAGAGCUAUCACGCGAGUACCUCCCACGCCCCCUACGAUCAGCAGAAUUACAGCGAGGAUAACUACUACGUUUCGACGACGUCGGGUAAUUCUGCUGCGCGGGCCAGUGAAAGCGUGGAACAGGCAGGGUAUAGCUACAGAGCCGCGAGCUAUCACAAAUAUCCUUCUGCUUAUGCUUGUAGUUAGUUGUGAAUAGGUAUCCUCGACAAGAAAAAGUUAGUUUUUCUCCCCAUUAAAUUUGAAAUGCUCGUGCGUGGAUAUAUUUCUAGCGGGGGGCGGACAUCAUUUCUUCUGCCGUAGAAUUUAAUAGAUCCACUUUCUGCGUCCGACUCUAAGUCCAUGCUUAUGGGGGCUACACCGGCGCUUACCGUGGGCACGAGGAAGCAGCGGCCGAAGAAGAACAGGCAGCCGAGGAAGAGCCGGCUGAGGAAGAGCCUGUGUCCCUUGGCCGUGGUUUAUUGUCUGCUAGAGUUGGGCAGGAGUCAUUUAAGGUCAUACGUACUUGAUAUAAAUAUGAUUUUACCGCUUUGAAUGCUGGCGUUGAUAUGUUCAGACAAGAAACUCACCUUCACAUUCACGUUACAGAACAAUUGCCAUCAGCACGUAAGCGUACCCGUAGUACCUCACUCUAAGAAGUACCCAAGUGUGGAGGUGAAUUCUCAUCAAUUCAUAGUACUUACAUUUACAAACUCGUAUGAUGUUAUAUCUCGCCGGUGCUGUGGCAAGCACCUCGUGUGAUUACACAGUCGAGGCAUCCUAUCCUAUCGAACAAUAUCUAAACCGGACACACUGUAACUGAUAGGCGUUCAUCUUCUAAUUUUUGUGCGUCAUCCAUGAUAUCUGGCAGUGGAUUCAGCGAUGUUGGAUCAGAGCAUUGGGUAAAGCCGUCCGAUCUUUUUCCCGAUCGCGCAAGAACGUCUACCGAUAUUUUUGGCGAUCGCGCAAUUUCCUUGAGCAGCGCCGAUUCAAUCCAUUCUCGACCACCAAAUGCACGUAAGUAGUUUGAUCGUAGAUUUAGAGACUUAUCAACCGGUGGCUCGGUCUGACCACUUGAGACGCAAUGAUGAUGAUCAACCUAAAAGAUGAAGAUGUAUUGUAGAAGACCCGACUGAAAUAUUAGUAACUAGAUGAAGAGCAAGAGGCAACGGCUUUUUAUGAUACCCCCGCAUUAACCCUCUCUCCCCGCUUGCUGAACUUACCCCCAGAAUGGGUAUACUACUACUCCUGCUACUACUUCUCUUAAACAUAUCUCUCGCAUUUACAUCAUCCUUUUUCUUGCGCUUUUUUCUUAGAGGUUCCUUCUCCAACAAUCUCUUAUAGAUACAUAGACACAUUCAACAGUAAGAUAUAAAUCUGACAACAGCGUUCGGUGAUCCUGGCCGAAAGCGCUACAAGCAGCAGCCGACAGAACAGAACACAUCAGUUGCGGGGACUGAUCGCGAGCAGGACCUUGAGGGCAUGUCCCUUUUCGACGACGACGCGAUUGGAGGGCACUCGAAAUCUUCAAUAAGGCACUGAGUAUUAUUUUUAUUUGCAUUGAAUGAUGCUGCUUCCUAGAUGAGGCUGGUUCACUUUUCUCAAGCAUGAUCAAUCUUCUCCCACUAGUUAAAUUGUCAUCGUCCUCCUCAAAAAUUCUAAAAGGUCGAGGUCCUAACUCAAGUAAGUAGACGAUCCACCUCAUGAUCUGCUUCGAUUGAGAUAGUAUCUUCCUCCGUGUCGCGGUUAUUAACUGCAAGUUCAAGCGAAUAAGAAAAUACUAUCUUUCCAAAAUUUGAUAAAGUGACUAUCCUCAUAUAGACACUUUUGGAACUUUCUUAUUAGUCUGAUUCAUAUUGUUCUUCUGUAACUAACCUCCUCCCAUAGCAGGUCUUUAAUUCCCCUUUGUUUUCUUUUCGAGGUGUGCUGCAAAUCUUGAUUGGCUUUCGCCCUUUGGUGAAGGUUUAGGCCCUGCGGCGCUCAAAGCACUAAGUAAGACAACCGGUUAGUUUUCGCCUCGACUAAAUUAGGUUUAUCCCGAGCAACAAUAUACUAUCUUUCAAAUCAUUAUAUAUACCAUUUUUUAGUGGGUUGAGGAAGAGAAAACACAAAAGGACUCUUCUCUAAGUCUGAGAAAAAGCCUCGGAAAAGACAGCGACGUGAUUUCGCGAGCAAAAAGAACCUCAGUGCGAACCCCUCAAGACUUAAAGAGUCCGAAAAAGAGCCGGAGCGGUAGCGCAAAUCGAAAGGCUCCGCCUCCACCUCCAGCUGCAGCCGUAGGUACUUACUAUUUUUAAAAGAAUGUUGACAUCCGCUGCUUACUACUAUAGGGAGAAAGCCUCAACGCCUUAGGUUAGUCCCUUCAACUAAACUAUUAGAAAGAAAACCUUUGUCUUUGAGAAGCUCUGACGAAAAUGAGUAGAAGCAGCUGCGUUUGUAGUAAGUCAAUCUAAUAUCUCUGCGAAACUUUUUCUUCAAUGGGAUGCGCACCCUUCGACGUGUAGCGAAUGUAACUAGUCAUCGUCUACACCUAUGUAUGUUGGAGAAUCCAUAUUUUCAUCAGACCGAGAAACAAAGCUACAUCGUUUCGUAUGAACCCUUUCAGCAUCCGCUUCGUUCCCAGUUUGCGCGGUUAAAGCUGUUGAUGAAGAAUCAAUAGCAGAGGAGGACCUGCCCUACAUUUCGCGUGUCAUGCCUCCUUCAGAACAAAAUGUCAAAGCGUCGCCGAAACAAGUUGGCGAUGGCGCUGGUGAUGGGGGAGUCGGGGAAGAAAAACGUGGGACGAGUGAGGAAAAUAAUAUAUUUAACGAGCCCGCUACUGGAGGAACAAGUGUCGAUGUCGAAAAGCGAAUUAGUGAGGCUGUCGAAAAGCGUAGUGGGAGUAGAGAUGCGGCUACAUUUUCGAAAAACUCUAGCAGCAAUGCGCGAGCAAGUAAAGUCUCUAGAAGCAGUCGGGAGGAGAGUAAAGCCGUAUCCAGUUCCAGGGACCAGAAAAAAUCCCCCGCCUGGGCUGAAGAUGAAUCGAAGAAAGGCGAUUUGUCACCUUCAAAACUACGCGAAUAUCCAGGAAACACACACGACAAGUGCGCUCCUCCAGUGCACAAUGACCCGGAGCAUUGGGACGAAACACCUGCGGAGGAGGAACUUAUGAUUCAAGAUAAGUACUUCUUUGAUGAAUGACACAAGAAAGGGUAAAAAAGAACUUAUGUAUGAUAUUCAAGAUUCUUCUUUGAAAGCGUCCUCCUUGGAGCGAUCUGCCGGAGUGGUGCUGUCACCUUGAUGUGACGGCGAAAUCGAGGCAUCCUAUCCUAUCCUAUCCUAAUCUAUCCUUUGAAACAUGACAAAAAGAGUAAAGAACUUAUUUUUUUUUAUUUUCAUCUGGGAUUCAAAUUCAAUCUUCUAGUUCUUGGUUACAGUUUAAACAAACCUUGCGUAAAAGCCUUCCUUUCUUUUCAUAGAAUCCUACGUGGAUGAGGCGCAAGACGCGCAGAGUAAUAAAGACCAGUGCACUCCUGGUACCGGGGCUACGCCAGGGUUUUUUUUGCCUUCGGGUGAAAGUGGAGAAACACCUGCCAAUUGGUGUCACACGCCACAUGACCAAAGCCACACUUAAGGCUUGAACAAAUCCAUCCUUCUCGGCAUUUUGGCCCCAUUUUGAAGGGGAAAAGGGAAGCGAGAUGCUGAGCGAGAUGGAUUUAGGCAAGUUGAGGUCUAACACACUCCGGGAGAUGCCCACACGCACAGUUGGCACACGCCGGCUUCUGUUACGCGUCUUGUAGCUAAUCCACAUCCAUCUUUAGAUAGAUAAUAGAUCUUGGAGCUGGUAAUUCCCAUAGACGAGAUAGUAGAUCUUAGUAAUUCCCAUAGAUCUUGGAGCUUGAGAUAGUAGAUCUUAGUAAUUCCCAUAGAUCUUGGAGCUUGAGAUAGUAGAUCUUAUGAAUUCCCAUUGAGAGGAAAAGGACAGGAGCUUUAAGAUGAACAGCCUCAAAAUGGGUGAUUCGGUUUCGGGUGAGCUAGCUCUAAUAUUGGUGGAGGGGGAGUAGAAUUUUCCGAGAACAAAUACACGACGACCCCGGCGCUAACGCCUGGUAGCAGCGGCGCCAACGUCAGUGGCGCAGCGGUGGUGGCAGAUGAUGUUAAGGCUUACAGUAAUUUAUCUUGGGAGGCAUCUUUGGCCCCUUUUUUAAGGGGGACAGACGUCGAGGAUGCUUUCCAAGAUGAAUAUACGAAAGGUCUAACGAUGAUGGAGGAGUGGACGACAUGAGCAGUAUGCAGGACGAACCCAGUGAAGCGCCCCAAGUAUUAAGGCUCAUCGUAAUUUUUCAUAUCCACGUCCACAGAGGAUCCAUCUCUUUUAGAGUAUGGGCUGCUUAGGAUAUGAAUUAUUGUGAGCUCUAAAAAUAGUAAACGUGGAAGAGCACGACAGUCAAGCAGGAGACACCGAAAAAGAUCCCGACGAGGAUGCUCAACUCUUCUAUGGAAAGAAAAUUUUGGAAUUGGAAUGAAAUUAUAGAUAGGAUGAAUCCUUACUAAUGCCAAUCAUGGUUGUGAAAAGUAACACUUUGCUGCUUGUACUGCUUUUCUUAGUGAUUUAUUAUAGCAAACGCUGACUCAUCAAAUUCCGAUGGUUCAUAGCAGAAAAUGACGUCGAGGUGGGAACUAGAACUACGAAGAACAAGAAAGAUUGGAUAAGACAUUUCUUCUCCACAACCGUUUUUCAUGUUCGGGGAAGGAAAGAGAUCGACGCGGAUCUCCGUAGUCGUGGAACAGGGCGCGCGGGCAGCUUGCGAUCCCAUCAAAAGGCAGGCUCUGCUGCUGCUGCUGCUGCGUCCGGUGCUGUGCGCAGUCGAGCGCAAUCCACUAAGGACCCGCUGGCGCCUAUUGUCCGGUACCCGCAGCUUCUUUCUCACAAAGCGAAACCCGACGUGAAGAAAAAAUGGAUACCGCAAAGCAUUGGCUACGCCAAAAAAUACCUCCCAGACCUGCAACAAGCCUGUAUUAGUUACGGGUUACUUAAUAACCGAUCACACUUAAUACAUUUACAUAAGCCUGUAUUAGUUACGGUUUACCCGAAUACUCAAAACAAGCGAGUAAGUAACACAAUAACCGAGUAUCUGAGAAUAUUCCCUAGCAUACUCGGUUACUUCAGUUUUUCGAUUACUUAAUAACCGGCCACAUUUAACGCAUUUACAUAUGCCUGCACUAGUUAAGGGCUAGUACGUAUAAUAACCAAUCACACUCAGCUAGAUUAGCGGGUAGAAGUCGUCAGGGAAAUCUUAGGCAGGUUGCUGAAUAGAUUCACGCCAUCAAUAGCCGGCUGCACUUGAUACAUGUACAUCCUCCACAAGAAGAACCACCCACCCUCACUCUUUUGCUAGUGGGAUGAAUGUCAUGGGGAUGAUCAUGUUCUGAAGAAUGUGAUGCGGCAACCUUUAACUUAUUCCCGACGAGCUUUACAGAGCAGAUCAGUUCCCGGAUGAACAUACGUGUAAAGUCGUCGGCUGUUUCGUUCGCUGGGAUUCGCAUAAAAAAAUGCGUUUAAGAUUUGCUCUUAAAGUGAGUACUACCUUGUGGAAGAUCUCUUUCUAGCUCCAGUUGGAAGUGAUGUGAUGUUGCAUCUUUACAUGUGCAUAUUGUUGCUCUAGAGAAGUGAAAUUCUUUUUUUUGUCUAAGGUCUACCUGAUGCAUAUUGUAGUAUGGUCCAAGAAUGAAAAAGAGAAACAACAAGUGCAUUACUCACCUAGACCAUCUUAAGCGUAAGUAGCAAAAUCAUUUAGUGAGCAGGCCUGAUCCUUUUUCAUUUGUGGAUGGGGUAACCCGGGCACCUGGUGGAAGAGCGUGCCCUAGCCUGAUUACGAAAAUCGAAUCCGCUGGCCAGGUAGUGGGACAAGACGUCCGCGAAUUCGUAAUCACAAGUCAGGAGGGAUCCGUAUGGAAAACCGGGGUCAUUUACAACAACAAGUACUAUUAUAGCUUAGGGCUAUCGUAGAGCUGAUGUAUCGUUACCUCAAGUUGGGCCUGCUAGUAGUAUUGUAGUUGUUCUUUCUAAUACAGCAUGAAUGGCUACGUCUGUAAUGGCAUAUAAUCUUUUUUAAUAAUGCAUCCAUGAACCUAAACCUUCGAUUCAGUCGUUUGAGGUUGUCCUCUAUUCAUCUUCAUGCUGCGAAAUUUAUUAUAGUAUGUCGUGUGAAAGAUUCUUCUUUCUAAAGUAACUGCUUUAAUUGUUCAAGGUUAGGUACUAGUCGCCACCCACAAAAUCCAAAUCGUGAAAUCCUAGGUGCUACCAUAAGUUGUGCCGCGGCAUGGCCAAGACUGGAACCUGUGACAAGCUGGGGUGCCCCGACCUGCACAAAUUACCGGAGCAGGCACGAAGUCUGGGGUUCCAGAUUGUGCGCAAGUUUUUCGUCGGCGACAAGAAAAGUUCGAACAACGAUAAUAACGUUAAGGCUACAAAAAUAUAUCCAUCUUCCCAAGCAUCCUGUUCCCGUUUCUCAAGGGAAAACGGGCUCCAAGAUGGUCAACAAGAUGGAUCUCAUCAAGGUCUAAUAACGAUGAUGAUCGGGAGCGUAAGUGGUGCAAAAAUGACGAGGGCGUGUGGGAAUACUGGAGUUAUCGUAUCGAUAAGGAGAGCGGCGAAAAACUGGACUGGAGGCAGGAGGAGGACAAGCUUAUGAUUACAGGCGGAAUCAUUUGGCCGUCGCCGUAAGUAAGUGAAAUACUGAAGAAAUGAUAGGAUAGCUCGAGCAAACCUACCCUCUUUUUCUGCACGACAAGAUACUUACAGAUGUGUUAUUGCUUUUUUGAGUUGUAUUUGAAACUUUUUUCCAUCCCCUAUCGCAUUUGUAGUUCAAUUUGUGUCGGUACGGAGAGAUGAUUCUGUCCUCUUUCCUUGAGAAGUUCUAUUAAAAACUCAUGCGCUUUGACCUGCGACAUGGAUUUCCUCUAGAAGUACUUUGUCUACUAGAGCUAAUUUUUGUUUUUCUAACGAAGAGUGGGGUACCGCAGAUAAGAAGGACACCAAAUGGAACAAGGACAGUAACUUUUGGAAUGGUAUGGCCAUCGCAGUUGCAUCCUCAACGUCAUCCCUGACUCCUUUUCUACUUCUUGACUACUUUUCUACUACUACUUCUUGCCUACUUACUACUAGCCAGGGAUGCGCUCAGGGGCGAUGCGCCUGCGGUAGGUCUAAGAAUGGCAAGAGUGGAAAGUACGAGUGGAAGGACAACACUCGUAAAGACUGGGACGACAGAAAGCUAGCAGGCACACAGAGUAACAGGAGCCAAGCUGGCGAGCUAAGUCCUGAGCAGAUCGAAGAAGGUAUCAACGAUUAGGGCUCAAUACAAAUAAAAGGCUAAGACAAAGAAACUUCAGUCUAACAUUAUUAUUCCAGGCUUGACCGUGCAGGACGAGGUCUCUGCUGUUUCCCACCUACACCUAUACACAGAUACGGAGACCUGCUGUUUCACAUUUACACUUAUGCAUAGCUAUCGAUGUUUAUCUUUUUCCCCGAGCUCUCUCUCUCUCUCUAAUGGAAGGCAGUGAAGAAGUGCGAGUACGAAUCGUAUGACGACUUUCUACUGGUGGGUUACGUACCGGAAGUAGAAGACCAGGAUGAAGUAGCGUCCAAAGCUCGGAAUUCACCCGCACGAAGUUUGCCACCAUCUGUUGUACUCAACGAUGUCAAGUCGAGAAAGCGCAAGAUGAGCGAGGACUAUCAUGUUACGGCUAUGCAGGUGAUGAAUUAUUGGUCUAAAGCUGAAUAUGGGAUUUUUUUUCUGUUGAAGAAGACUAGUUUACUAUCCACAUUGUACUCGGUAUUGGCUGAAUAACAUGGGUAGGACACAUUCCACGUCUGAAAGCCACACAGAUUGAAAAGGAAACUUGCUAAUUUAUUCUGCUCAAGAGUAAGACCAGUUUCGUUUUACACCAUCAUGAAUCUCGAGCGACAAAAGCAGGAAGAUGUAGCGUUACCUAGUACUAAAAAUAAUUUUACACCUAAGUAGUAGUACGUAUGUAUGAGAUUGCAGUAGGUGUUUUUUUGCAAAAGGAGUCAAGUUUCAGCUAUGAUGCUAUGUGUCUCACUACUAGUGGUAUAAGAAGACCACCAGAGACCACGCGUGAUGAUGAUCAGCUAUGUAACAUCAUAGCUCUUCCAACAUAAUGUGGAUGGACUAGACGCCGAUUAAUCAAAGGACUAAACUAUCCUUGCUACUCAGCUAUGUAACAUUAUAGUUGUUCCAACACAAAUAUGAGCUAGCUCCUCUAAGGCCGACGCAGCGUCAAAGCAUGGAGGCAUCACGCCGGAUGACUUGGCUCACUUGCAAGAAAACAAAGGGUACACGUUAGAAUACUGGCAGAAAAUUAAGACUCAAGAUAAUUCAAGGGUCUUUUUUUUGUAGUGCUGACUAGAGCGAUCUCCUCUUAACACAUGCUUUGUAGUGCCAUGCAUGCCUAUCCGAAAGGGAAGAGCUUGAAAGGGAAGGGGUGACUGUCCUCAGUUUCCUUCUUGGGAAUCUGAAGAACUGAACUGCAGAAAGGAAUUGCUUUGAGCUCUAAGAAAAGUGUUGUCAAUGGUGUCGAAGAGCGCAUCGACUGGAUGGAGCCGUUUGUUAUGAUGAUGUCCAGACGAGCAUGAGAAAUUGAUUUUGAAUUCGAUUUCUUCUAAGCAAUUUGUUGCUCGUGGUCCUUUCGAUCAUGCAUAUCUCGCCGUUUGUUCUCAAGAAAUAUAGCGAGCAUUUGAUUUAUUUCAAACAAGGAUGAAAUGCAUAGUGUUUUUAUUGAGCGCGCAUGUCGAGCAUAGUAAGUUUAAAGGAAUGAAUUCACAAUGAAAUGUCAGUGAGAAUGAAAGCGCUAAUAUUCGUCACAGUGGCAAUCCGCAAGAUGGGCACGGGCAGGCAGCGCUGAACAAAGGGAUCAACGGCAGCGUUCGCGGUAGUCCGUCAAAGCACGACGACGAUGCGUCUUCGAAACGGUCUGGGAAAAUCGUCGCGGCCUCCUCCGAAGCGGGCAGCAGAUUGCUAGCAGCAGGUGGUGUCGCAGCAGGAAACAGACGCGCGAAGCAUGCAGAGGCUAAGGCUUCAUCCAACAAUUCUUGAUAUUCAAAUCUCAACUAGAGGCAUCAUAGAAUGAAAAUUGACAGAGUAAGAACUAUUGGUUGUCAACGGGAUGAAGAAAGUCCUAAGAGGUCACAGAAGUAGAUGCAUGCGCUCCUCCAGCAAGGCGUUUAAGAACAUGUUAGGGAACCUACCACAUCUACAAGCUCUAAUAAAUGCUGGCUGCGCGUGGAUCUUACUGUAUUUGAGCUAGAUAGAUCGAUCGAAGCAAGGCUCCAGAAGGAAGCUGAGGCAGCAGCAAUGAAAGAGAAGCAUCGAUACGCAAUCGCCCAGGUCAUCGGCAUUGCGCGAUUUCCACAGAAGUACCAGUUCUGCACGAAAAAUGGACACGUUUUCAAAACCGACAUGAUGGUACUAGAAAUAGAUGAUUAUUACAAGGGGAAUGGUAGUCCUCGACCUAGAUAGAAGUCCACCGCUCGGGCUCUAAUGAUUAUGUAAGCGUUCUGAGGUUCAUUAGCCCUUGUCUUUUUACUCCCUUCACGACAUAGAUAUGAAGUUUUGGUGCAGCUACUAGCUACGAUACUAGAGGGGAAAAACUGCCAGCUAGCGUCGGUCUGAGGCUUCUUAUUCGUAGUGUUCACCAAUUGUCCGAAUUGCGUACAACAAGUUUUUCAUGUCCAGGCAGCUUUGCUCAAAGAAAUUUAAUUACUUUCAAAUAGGCACCAUUAGCAUUAGUUUUCCUUCAUACUCUUUCUCAAGAGUCAGUUUCUUGAUGUUGACAAUGAAAAUUCUCCUGUACUACAUCAUGCACAUCUGGAAAAGCACCUAACAAAAAGGUUCGUCUCUAUCGUGGGUUAUGGACGCCAGCGGAAAACUUCGAUAAGCCAGAAGCUGACAUGAUAGGAUGGACAAAAGAGAGGAAAAGAGAUGCGAAAACGCGUUUCAAGAAUGUCACUCUGUGCGAGUUGGAAGCCGAUACGAAUCUCACUGAAGAAGAAGUCGCGAAUAUGCUCACGGUAUCGAUAAUGAACCUAGUAGAAUUUUACGUACUUAGUUGUAGUUUGUACACUUAUGAAAAAAAAGAAUCUUAGGCACAUUGCCGGAUAGAUUAAAGUCAUCAGUUGUAGUAUGAACAUCGCAGCAUAACUUCUUCGUUGCCGCUUUGAUACUCAAUCCUAAGUAAUACUUUCUCAUCCAAAUAAGAACAAAUCUAAACUCGAACUGCAAACUAAACUCGAUCGAAAGAACAAAACUAAACCGCAGAUCGAGUGGUGCAAUGAGGGACAGGAACCGUUCGAUGACAAGAUGGACUGUUGGCCAAUUUUCGACCAAAAGCUAGCCAAAGCGAAACAAUCAAUCCAAUUUGUACGAGACUUCGUCUUUGAUGACCAGAUCCUGAAAAGUAUGUUACAGGGUCAUCGCUUGCAGAGUGGGAGCGUGCGCAAGCGGGAGCUAGAAAGCGUACUAUAAUACUAUACGAUUUCAAUCUUAGUACAACUUCUUCAGAAAUAAGCUUUUGAUGAAGAUGAUGCAUGAAGAUAUAUUUGUACCACCUAUAUUACCACGCAGAGCGCGAGCACUCGUCUUGUUGCUAGAGGAAUUACACCCGUGUGUGUCCUGAUGCAUGAAAGAUUCUCGUCAAUAGAUGCGGACUCAAGAAGAUUUCCCUCGAUCAUUCCUGAAAGUCAAGAUGAAGAUCUCUUAGAAAUGUGAUGAAUAACGUUCUAUGUAAAUGUAUUUUCUUUGCCGCCACCACAGGAAAUCGUUGCCUUGCAGUCUCAGUUGUCGGCUGAGGGCACGAGCGCGAAUCGGAUGACGGAAAUCAGACGGGAGCUUGACGAGUGCAAUGAAGAGCUGAAAGCGAGCUAUGAGAGUGUCGCGAAAAAUCGGCAACACUUUGAGAAAGACGCGCGCAUGCUGGCUAUAGUGAACGUGAAUGCCCGUGUCGAGGAGCUGCAGAACGAUCUAGAUCAUCGCCGUGCGGAGCGUGAGCGCAAGCUGGACCUGCGGCGACGUCGCGGUGGCCGCGGGGGGGCUGCGAGUCCAGCCCGCAGUGCGCCCGGGAGUCCGGGCGCCGGAAGUCCCAUCGUGAGUCCCACCGGGAGCCCGCGUAGAGGCCCAGCGAGCCCCGGGGGAAGUCCCCGGAAUACUGCGCACCGGCAGCCAGAAAAAGACAAAUACUUGAACCCCUUCGCGCGAAAAGAGUGUGUGCCGCGGCACAUGUGGGACGUCGAAAGCUGUCAUAAGCACGUGCGAGCGAUCGAACUGAGGAAACAGGGCAUUGAUCCGGCUGCGGCCGUCAAGGCUGCUGCUGCCGCGGUGAAGAAGAGUAGCUCCAAGAAACAUGCGAGUUCCAAAAAAAUAUCUGAACGCAAAACUUCGAAUCCAGCACCUGCGGACGUAUUAACUUCUACUAUAGGUGUUUGUAAGCUAGUCUGCUUCCUCGGUUGUUCGGAUAAUCUUAGUCCCUAUUGCCAAUCUUAUGUGUAAGAUAUAUAGUUUUUCUUGUCCUCUUGUUCCAAGUAGAGAAGCGGGAAAAAGUACUUGAUCGGAAGAUCCUUCCGUGACUUUUUGACAAUCUCCCAUAAUGAUCUUAGUUAAUCCUUCGCCCUCGGUCAUGUCGACUUCAUCAUGAUUUUUGAACAUGUUCCCCCUGCUCUCCUCUUUGUUGGACUCACGACCCCCAGAAUGCGUCAACCACUACUACUACUAUUGAUCGAUUUGAUGAACUAUUACUGAUCAAUAUUGCUUGGAAAAACCUCAUCAUCAUCAUGGGCAUAGGCAAUUUUUUUUUUGUUCGACUAAUCAACCCUAGCCUGUGAAGUAGGUCUAUUUAACUAGCUAGUUAACUAGGUAUGUUGAUAUCUGCAGAACCAGGCGGUUCUGCAGAUCCGAUCAUUCACAUUUCUCACGAUUCAAGCCUUCACAUCGUUCAGAUCAGCCGGACCUUUUCUUGACCUGUCGCCAGACCAGUCCACUUGCCACUACACCAGCUGCCUGCCAGCAGCUGCCUCAACUUAAACUAGCUAGUUAACUACGUAUCUACCUAUCCUAUACUUAGCCCUACUUAACUGCCAUAGUAAAAUUUUUUUUUUUUGCCUGUGCCCAUGAUGAUGAUGAGGUUUUUCCAAGCAAUAAUCAAAUGUGUCAACCGCUACUGAUGACAAAAGGUAUCUACGGCCGGCGGCGCAAAUGGCUUAGAUAAAAUGAUGAUGGAUGAUCUGGAUGACGUUUUUGGCGACGGAUUUGCUCUCGGGCAGCAGGCGACGCUCGCUGAUACGCAAGCAGCGACGCAGGCUGCUACACAGGCGGCAGAGGACGUCUCAGCCACAGCUGGUGUCGGUGGGAGUUCAAAAGCUGCUUCGUCCUCUCCUUCGAACGGCUCCAUGAGUGCUCAUGGUGAGAACAACAAGAGCAAAAGCUCAGACACUACUUCUACUCGAAAGACGGUGUUAGAUUAAGGCUCCACACAAUUCACUUCUACAUCAAGUCAUUUCUCACUUGUUCCGUUUUAUUGGGAGAUGAAAUGCAGGUAACAAAAAGUGAAUUUUUUGCGCUCUAAUUUGAGGACUCUAGCGGAGAGACGGACGGGCCACCCGCGAAGAGAAGAAUGCAAGGAAGGCAGAAAGUCUUCUCGGACAUGGAGACCGGCGAACCACAGCCGUCGCAUCCUAUGCUGCAGUUUUUUUCCCCAGAACAAUUCAUGCAAAUCGUUCAAGAUUCGAUGAAAUUCGGAGGGCCACCGUCGACUACUACAAUGUCUACUACAACAAUGUCCUCUAGUACCUCGAGGAGCAGUAACCCUAGAGGACUGGAGAAACAGGAAAGCACAGAAGCGGAACAAAAACCUCCAACAUCUCCAAAACAGCAAUCUACUACCACCACAACGAGUUCUUCAAAGUCUACUUCUGGUGCAAAUCUUUUUGUCGAACAGGAAGAUAACAAGGGAGCUUCAAAGAGUCUUUCCUCCAGUCCGACCGGUACAUCUACGGCUGCGCUAGGAGCUUCCUCAAAUAACCCUUCUUCACGUGGGGGUUCGGAACGCAGCUCACCUGACCUUGUCACAGAUCCUGCUAUCGACGGCGGAGAAGGUGAAGGACCGAUCGAUGGGACUACUGGCACUGGCCCUGGCGAUGCAACCGCGAGCAACAAAAUGGAUGACGUGGUUGGUGAAGAUCAAGAUCCUCUCAUCGCAGAAGAAGACGACGAGGAGGAAGAUAUCUUGGACAUUGACGCGAUGCGCACGCCUGGUUUUCACCAGGGUCAUUUGCUCCAUAAAAUGACAGGCGCAUCGGCGAUCGCAGGAUACACAUCGGGCGGCGGAGCGAUCACCCCAGGUGAUAGCCUCACGCCUGGUGGCGUCUUCGGUGGUGGUUACACUCCUGGCGGAUACACGCCCGGCGGUGGUUACACUCCUGGUGGUUUGCUGGGUCCGUUGUCGGCCAUCCCGGAGAGCGAAGCGGCGAACACACCAGCGGCAGGUAACGUGACCCCAGGUCUUGAGGCGGCCGGAGCUGCAGCACAAACGCGUUUGGGACGUGCGCCUGCGGUGGGAGGGUCGGUUUUGACGAAUUUUAUGAUGCAGCAAGAGCAGAGUGCAACCCCGUCAGGUGGAGUCAACAAGCCACAACAAGAACAAAGUGCUAUAAAUGCUGCCGCAGGAGAAAGCUCAUUAGCGGGAGAGUUGGAUACAGCACUAGGGUCAAAAGCAGAAGUAGAAGCGCCAAAGCAGCCCCAGUUUAGUCUGUCAGAACUCCUCGCCGCAAACAAAAAAGGCAUCGACCUAUCAAGUUUUGUUCAAUCACCAAGUGCAAGGGGUGAUUUGGAGUGAUGCUAUUACGAUUUUUGCAGUACUUUUACUUCACAGAAUUUUCAAAAGAUACAUACAAAAAGAGGAAACUAAAACACGCAAAGAGCGGAUCUUUUUGCCGCACCAAAAAUGCAGUCCUUAGAAGGGAUAAACUUAACAUGCAAACUAUGUAAUUUUUUACCCAUUUAGAUACGCCUUUCCAGCGAGUUCUCACGCAGAAUGAGACAGCUUCGUCAUAGUAAAUUAGCAGAAGAGGAUUACUUAGACAUGUAAAAAACUACUUGUUCUUGGGAUUGGGAGUCAAGAGGGUAGGUUCUUCGCUUUGUUUUCUAUUUUUCUCGCGCGCUUUGGUUUAGUCUUAACAACCGCGUGGUGCUUGCAUGCGCAUGGGAAGAAGAAUCGCAAUUUAUGCAAUCUGGGAAAUCAAAAUGAUUACUUCGUAUCUUAAAGAUUAACAACAAGAUGGCAGAAAAAUGAGAAAUUGUUAAAACCAUUCUUGAAGAAAUCUUUAAGUUUAACUUCAUUUCUUGGGGUAUUAAUGUAAAUAAUCUAAGCGUACGAAAAAUGAUUUCUUUUGUAGGAGUCACAGUCGGCGUGGGAACAAAGACCGUUGAUAAAGAUUGCCGCCGUGAAGCUCUGAAGCUUCCCCUGGCUUUCUCCGGGACUUUGCAUCCAUAAAGUUGUGAACAAAAAGGACGUCGAACAAAUGACGCUGGCACGACAGUCUAACAGAAUGACAAUUAUCUUCAUGAUGCAUAAGAGCCACUAUAUCUAUAGUUUACCUAGAGUAAUGCCUCUGUACUCAAGCAACACUAGUAGGGCCACUAGUUUGAUAGUGCUGGCCGCUUGCCGAGAAACUCCCAUGGAGUUGUCCUCCUUGUUCCUUGUCUGCCACCUGUGAAGCGCCAGUGCACACGGAUCUCUGUGAUGAGGUAGCUGGGCUCACACGCUCUACUGCAAGCGCAUAAAAAGGUGUUUCUGUCUCUCUGUUACCGCGAAGUAACCUCAAGUUCGGUUGACUCCUGUGGGUGACUCCUGUGAUCUCCUGUGGCUACAUCACGAUCAGGGAAGCAAGACUAUCAAGUUGGCAGCCUUUUAUGAUAACAGGCAACUCUGUUUUUGCUGCUGCGACCUGGU